AUGUGUGCCCAGUAUCUCGAGCAACAAGACGCGCAGGUCCUGAACCGCAAGCGCUUCGAUAGUGUCGCCAUGACAUCUCGACACGAUCACCAAAGCACAGAAUCCGACUUUACCACAUCCAGGACAUCAUCAUGGCAACAGCAGCCAAGCGAAGAAGGGCUGAGCAUUUGCGAAACUGGAAGGCAGCGAGCCGCAGAGCGUCCAGCAGGACUGCCAUUUGACUGUUGGAACUCACCACUGUGCCCUCGCAACAUGCCGCAGAACGGUUCGGCGCGGUCCGCCGGUCAAACUGUGUGCAACCCCUCCACAAGCCUAAGCAACAACACCUCGGCCUGCCAGACAACGACGGAUGCAACCACAACUUCACCCAACGACACGCCGACCACCGAGAUCAGUAUCCCCGCCGACUCGCCGCCUUUCGAUGCCCGUCCCAGUCUGAAGCGUGCGCGUACCGACACGGCCUACGACACAGCUGAUGAGCCUCCGCCUGUCAAGCCUGCGCCGAAAGAAAAGAGAUUGCCGCACCACGUAAUUGAGCGACGUUAUCGUGAAAAUCUAAACACCCAGAUUGAACAACUGCGAGCAGCUGUCCCUUCAACCACAUCGCCUUGUCUGAAUCUUGAUAUGGAGGAUAUCGGUCCCACAUAUGCAUCUGCUAGUGCGUCGCAAAACAAUGCCGCUGCCAACAACAGUGGUAUCAGACCUCUCAGCAAAGCUGGUGUCAUCGCCCAUGCGGCCGAGUACAUGCGCCAGCUCUCCACCCAGAACGACGAGGUUGAAAGGCGCAACGCUGAACUCCGCAUGACUGUCGAGGCAUUGCGACGACUAGUCAACUGCGAGGGCUGCGGUGUCGUCCAACAAUUGAUCGACGCUGGUUCGUAA